ACCGUUCAGCCGCCGGCCGGCCAUCGGUCUUGGUGGGGCGGGCUGGGCUCCUUGCGUUUGGCCCGACAGCUGCCACGGGGGGGACUUCACGACGCCAACCAGCUUUCCUUGUUUUCCGACCUUCGUUUCCUCUUCCUUUUUACACCAUCUUCUCCCCCUUUCUAUAGUUUUUGGGUCCAAAACUUUUGGAUUUGAGGACCUGCUGCCGAUAUUCAGCGUCUUCAUCUCUUCUAAACACUGCAAGCAUAGAUCCCACCUGCCCCGUCUACAACCCCUCCGUUGCUGCACAAAACCACCUACGUGAACAGCUGUGUGUGAAGCACAGCGAGCCUCAUAGCGGCCACAAUGCCGAAGCCCAACCCAAAUGGCCCCAAGCUGCCUAUAAAGCAGCUUGCAAUCCUAGGUGAGAAAAUGAAGGAUGAGAACAAUGCAAACGCGGUGUACUUGCCACAGUAUCGGGUUGUGUCUCGCUAACGGCCAUUCCUUUGCUAGCUGUUGCUCGAUUCGCCGAACCCCUCGCAUAUACAUCCAUCUUUCCAUAUCUACCGGAAAUGAUUAAAGAUUUUGGCAUCCACCAGGACGAUGUUGGCAAAUGGGCGGGAAUCAUUUCUGCUGCCUUUUCCUUCUCUCAGAGUGCCACUGGUGUGCCUUGGGGAUACGUUUCUGACCGCUUGGGCCGAAAACCUAUCCUCAUUACAGGCCUUUGUAUUAACAUGGUGUGUUUUGUAGCAUGGGGUAUGGCUACCAGCCUUACCAUGGCUAUUAUCGUUCGCUGCAUUCAAGGUGCCAGCGCCGGCAACGUUGGUAUUAUUCGCACCAUGGUAGCAGAAAUGGUGCCGCAGAAAGAGCUUCAGCCUAUCGCCUUUUCCUUGAUGCCCAUAAUAUGGUCUCUUGGUUCGGUUGUCGGCCCUGCCUUUGGCGGCUUCUUUGCCAGGCCAGCUGAACAGUUCCCAGACAUCUUUGGCAAUAUUCAGUUUUUCAAAACGUUCCCAUACGCUUUGCCUAACCUUCUUGCCAUGGUUAUGUUCACGAUUUCUGUCACCUCCGCAACCCUCUUCCUCAAGGAAACUCUUGCUGAGAAGAGAGGAGCCAAGGAUUGGGGACUUCUGGUUGGACAAAAACUUACAAAUGCAUUUUCUCGCAAACGAACUUCCAACAGAAGACGAUCCUUUGUCGAUGGGGAGGCUACUGCCCCCCUCGUGCCGACACGCCCACUUCCCCGCGGUGCUAAAGGAGGCAUGCCUUCGAACGCCGACGUCUUUAAUCGACAAACUGUUAUUAACCUCGUUUCAUAUUCAAUCCUCGCAUUCCAUUCCGUAGCUUACGACCAAAACGUCAAUGUCCUGAUGGACUACGAAGUCAAAGAUCCGUCAGAGUUCAAGCUGCCCUUCUACUUUGACACCGGAUUUGGGAUGGACUCGGGUCAAAUUGGUACAGUCUUUGCAAUUUAUGGAAUUGCCUGCAGUCUGAUCCAAUUUAUCCUGUAUCCUCCUUUGGUCGCUCGAUUUGGAGUGUUGCGUUGCUUCCGUAUCUGCUGCAUGAUUCUACCGUUUGUUUACAUGAUUACGCCGUACACAGCCCUAUUUCCCACCGAGCGUGGUCGUGUGGCCGCCAUCAUUGUUGUCAUGGUUUUCAAGGCAUUUGGCAUUAUUGUCGCCUUCCCGUCUACUACCAUCCUCCUGACCAACUCGUGCAGCUCCCUUAAGGUACUAGGAACCCUUAACGGAUAUGCUACAAUGUUUAGUGGCAUUGCACGAGGUUUAGGACCGGCUACAACAGGUCUCAUCUUUACUUGGGGGGCGAAAAGAGGCUACGUCGUCCUCCCGUACUAUUAUCUUGCUCUGUUUGCGGCGACUGGUGCCUUUGUCAGCUUUAUGAUCGAAGAUGAGAACAAUCUGGCUACGGCUAGUGAUGAAAGUGACAGUGAUGCUGUGGAUGACAGCGCGACCCUGUUGCAAGACGAAUCUGCUGUUGCAUCGGAGAGUGAGGAUGAAGAUGAUUCGACUAAACCUCUUCUGAACAGAAAACAGCCCAAUACGCAGUAUCAAGCCAUCAGUGGUACCUCAAAGUGACGGCGUCGGUAGACUGCCAUACCAUGCACUUGUUUUAUGAAUGAAGUAGGCGUUUGAGCAUUGUCAUCGUUGAUUAAGUUGAACAUCGCACCAUGAUUUAUGAUUAGAAUGUAAAAUGCAUAUGGAUUUUAGUAAAUCAUAGUUUUAACAUUGAAUUUGAAAUUACAUGAUCUUGAUGGUCCAUUCUCCGGGACCUAUCGGCUAAACUGCCGUGAUGCAUCGCUGCUAAAACCCUGUAAUUGACAAAGGAAUAGAUGUUUGUGAGCUGUAGUUUACCAUCGCCGCCACUCGUGAUCUGGGCUAUGCUGUGAGUUAUAGUCCCAAUAUUUGCGUGUAUGUGAUUCUUGAGAGUGUUGGUGGACUUGCCGUGCUGGAGUAUUAUCAAUACGAAAGUAGUCCAAGUCGGCCUUCAUGUCUCCUAGUCGCAAGUAUUGUUGCCCAAUCCAGUCAUCAAGAAUCUGGGCGAUUUGGCGGAAGCCUUCUGUGUGUCCUCCCCCAUUGCUGGCCUUGAGACCACACAUGACGUACAGAAAGCUAUGUAUCAUUUCGUGUAAAAACGUGGCGAUGAGGAGAUGGCGAUUGUAUUGGGGGUCACGGAGCACUGGUGAUGACAAAACCAUUAGCGUCUCCCAACCGUUAAAGUCUCUACACCGGCGUAGGGCAGUUGUGCCGACGAUUUCGUUUUCAAAUUGCGGACUUGACGGAUCACUCCAGUCCCAGCUGACACGGCGAGACAGCUUAUUUGCAAAGAAUAGCUCGUUUGCAGCUGAGAAUAGACUUUGGAGCGCAUCGUCAUCGAGAGGGAAAAGAUCAUUUGUAAUUUGGCCACCGGACAUGCCUGCCGUUAAGGACGACCCAUAGCGUGGAUUAAUCAGAGCGCGUAGAAUUCUGGCAUGCUUGGAAUUUGCAUUUCGCCGCUGGGAUGCAAUGACAUGGUCCCUAACCACACUUGCAGCUUCCAAAUCUCCAAUUAUACGCCCUUCUCUCUUGUCGCGUUCUUCGUAGCUAGCAAGAGAAGAUGCUGGAGCUGAUGUAAUGGGGACACCGGAUUCAGUGCUUUCCAUCAAAGCACAACAAUGUGUGGUGUCUUGGUCGGGCUCGGUAGGAGAAUAGUCGUGGGAUCGAGAUUGAUAUUGCGGCAUCGGAUCAUCUGGUCUUUCUUCAUGUAUAACAAGGUAUGCAAGACCAGCUAUUGCUACAGACUCGUGCUGUCUAUGAGGACUGUCGCUCCAAGUGCCAGAGGCAGAGCCAGGCCCGACGACCCAGAAUGCCAUUGGUCAUGCCCAACACAAAACACAAGGCAAGACGGAGGUUUGGGUUUUCAGGAGCAAUCCUAUUUUCAAGCCGGUUAGAAAGUUGGGCGUCGGCCCAUAGUGCGAAUACAGUUGCGGUGAGCUGGGUGGCCGGGGUCUAGUCUAGGGCCCCUCUAGUGUAGGUAGGGCGGGUGUCGGGCAGCGAGAUCGGAACGGAGCGAGGCUUGUGCGAUCGAAAUGAGACGAGGCGUUAAAUGAAGAAGGACGAGGAAAGGGGAAAGAACUAGAGAAGAACAAAAGAGAUGUAUCAAAUAGCCGCCAUCGCUGUUGUUUGGAAUGCAAGAUAAACGUCAGUUGGGAAAAAGCCUCUGAUCCAUUCGUCUGCGUUCUUAGAGCUACUGCUGCACUCAACUCUAUUUGCAGGUUUAAUUCUUUGGUGUUGAAAGGGAAUGACUGGGGUAUAGAGGCCGAACUGGAAGAAAAUGAAAUAAACUAAGGGGAAUCAAUUGACCCAAACGAGAUGCGCAAGUAUGGUUAUGUGGAUGGAGGAGAGGGGAACAACCUGGACGUGUGGGUUCGGUAUCUGUAGAUCUAGGCUUUGGGGCGGGGAGGGGUCCCGCGUUUUAGCGCAGGUUAGUGCCUUCUUGUCUUGUGUGCACAGGCCAGGUAACCCUGGUAGG